AUGGCUAAAUUAGAACGGAUAAAAGAAAUUGAAGCUGAAAUUCAGCGUACACAGAAAAAUAAAGCUACAGAAUAUCAUUUAGGCAGACUUAAGGCUCAAUUAGCAAAACUAAGGGGUGCUUUAAUAGAAGAAAGUCAAAAGGCUUCAGGUGGUCCUAAAGACGGAUUUGAUGUUGCAAGGACUGGAGAUGCUAGAGUUGCUUUAGUAGGACUUCCGUCAGUUGGAAAAUCUAGUUUAGUCCAGUCUCUAACAGCAGCUAAUACACAAGUUGCAGAAUAUGCAUUCACAACGUUAACGUGUGUUCCAGGCUUAUUGUAUUACAAAGAUGCAAAAAUCCAAAUACUUGAUUUACCCGGAAUUAUAGAAGGAGCUUCAGAAAAUAAAGGGCGAGGAAAACAAGUUAUAUCUACGAUUAAAUCGGCAGAUAUAAUUUUGAUGAUACUUGAUCCCACAACUUCUAACCUUCAUGAUAAUCGACGCUUACUAGAAAAAGAAUUGAACACUUUAAACAUCCGUUUAAAUAAAAGGAGACCAGAUGCACAAGUUUCCGUAAAAAAAAGUGGUGGAAUCAAAAUAUCAACAACAGUCCCUCUUACAAAAGAUUUACUGAAAGAAGUUCAAAGUGCGCUAGUGUGGGGUACAUCAGUGAAAUUUAAUCCUCAAAUUGUUGGACUAGAGCACGAGCUAGAAGAUGAUGACGUAGUAGAAUUUGUAAGAAAAUCAACUGCACAAAAAUAA